UCUCUUUAUUUCUAUGGUUAUAUCAUGAUCUAUUAGUAUGGAUGAAUUAUCAGAUCAUACAUUAAAUUUUUCCGGGAAUAUAAAUACUACUCUUUCAUCAUCAUUAUCUUCUUCAAUCGGCAAGACUGAAUUAACAGAUUCAUCGACAGCAAGUUGUUCAUCGACUCACGAUCUAGUAAGAGCGACAUUGCAAGAUGUGAUUGGACUUCAACACAAUGCAAUAGAACAAAUGUUAGAAACAAAAGAGAGACAUAAACUUGACUAUGUUAUGAAAACAACUUAUGACGAGGCUAUCAAGCAAUUUGAGGAUGAACAACUUGAACAUCGGAAAACAAAGUUACUACUGGAGAAAGAGCAAGAAAAGUUGAAGUUUGCAUUAGGAGAAAUUGAAAUACUUACUAAACAUCUUGAGAGAGAAAAAUCAGAUCAUGAGAAUUUAAUCAAAUCUGUCAAACAAAAAGCCAACAGAGAAACUCAAAGAAGUGAUCUUUUGUACGACAAAUGUACAAAAAAUGAAGAAAUCAUUCAAAGGCAAAAAGAUGAUAUAACAUUAAAAGAAAAUGAGAUUUCAAAUUUGAAACAGAGAUUGAAGUCACAGUCAGCUUCACAUAAACAGUUUAUUCAUGACAUGGAAAUUCAGAAAGUACAAGAAGAAUAUAUGGCUCGUUCACUUAGUGAAAAGGAUAAAAGGAAAAGGCGUGGUGUACCUUGACAAACUUUUGUUUUUGGGUGAAAGACUCGGUCUGAUGUUUAAAAAUUGAGCUGUUUGGCAUGAAUGAUUUUGUUCCAAUUAAUAUUGAAAUCAUCAUUACAAAGUAGUUGAUAUUAUAAAUGAAUCAAUUCAUGCUGAAAAUCAUAGAUAUUGACACUCAACAUACGUGACUUGACGGCGUUUGUGCAGAUGAUUAUGUGUCAAGUUACAGCUAGCCUAACAUAUUUAAUUUUCCUUCAGUUUUGGUCAUACCCUAAUAUUUUCAAGUUUUCCUAACCCCUAAUCCUAAUCGACGAAAUUUACAGACUUCAGUUGGAACACACAACAAUAUUCUCACAAGUAGAACAUGAUCAUUCGGAAUUCUCUACAUUUUGUGAAAAAAUCGUGUAUCUCUUGUAGGAAUUGUAGAUUUGUUUUCUUAUACUUUAUUUCUUCAUAACUAAAUAAAAUUACUGUAGAAUAAUUUACAAUUAUUGUUGUAUAUAUACUUAAUAUAUCAAGAGUAAUAAAUUCUAUAUUUCUUA